UGUGGCUUUAAUAUUUCAGGUGGAUGACAGAGAACGACUUUUGUCACCUACAAAUCUAACUGCUGGGAUUUUAAAGGAUAUGAAUCACAAAGAUGAAAUUAGCACUGGUCAGUGGGCUUAUAUAUAGGGGCAUGGAAACAGGAUUGUAAACUGUACCGAUACAUGAUAAUAUAUGAUAUCUCUCCUUAUGUCUAUUUCUUUCUUUUUUGUUCAGUGAAUUAAAUGUUUGGAUUACUAGGUGACAGGUAAAUACCAGACACUUGUCCUGUUAGAUAGGUUAUGCGAAUCCACUUCCAUUUCAGCUCAGUGGGACAACUAUAUCAGAACUUGUUGUUAAAUACUGGUUCCCCUUCCCACCCCCAACCACCCACUCCAAAACCCCAGCUUGCUAGCCUUUCACCAACUAAAUCGGAGUAGGCCUACUAUGAAAAACCUUGAUCAUAUGAAAUAAAAUCUAGGACGGGAGAAAUAGAUUGGAGAUAUUCAGGGGAGGUCACCCACACAAAAUUGAAAACACGAAAAUGACCGCUUUGUUAUUACCCCUUUGCGCAUUCUCCACUUUACGCUAAUUUUCGUAAUCUGACAUUCGACAACAUGGACUGAAAUCAGCAGAAAACACAUGUCCUGAAGGCAGGAGAAAAUCUUUCACCAAAAUGACAAAAUGUCAGAGAAAACUUCGUCGGCACUGAAGAUUUCGGAUUUACCGAGUGAAUUGAUAGAGUACAUUCUAACGGAUAAGGAUUUAAGUGUGAGGGACGUCUGCAAUGCUGCACAAACAUGCAGGAAACUGAAUGGUGUGGCACAAAGCAACGAACUGUGGCGGAAAAAACUUAAGCGUAGAUGGCCAGAUCUGGUAGAGAAAUAUCCUCGAGGAGCUUCUCACUGGUGGCAGGAUGUCUACAAAUACCAGCACAGCUGUCGACAGAGGGUUCAGGCUAUGGUCAAGGAGUUCUCUCCCCUAUACUACAGCAGUGAUGAAAUCUCCAAGGAUGGCUUUCUUCCAUUCAUGGCACUCAUGGAGGAGAGUGAGCAUUCUCCAAUGGCUGUGAUUGAUGAACUAAUGGAGACAUUUCGUCAUGGAGAACGGCACUCAAACCUUACCAACAAGUACUACGCGGAGAAAGUGUUACGAUAUCUCCUUCAGCUUCACCUGUCUCAUGAGCUGACAGCCUUCCUUGCCCAACCCUCUGAGGACCAGCUUAUUGAGAAUGGAGCUGUUCUUGUUGCUCAGUGGUGCCAGCCUACUGUUGACAUCACAGAAGCCUGUGUCAGUCGUAUGUUGGACGCCAUCGCCGUGAGAGUUGAGAACAGGAUUAAGGAACGCCAUCCUACUCACCCUGUCUGCUCAGUACAACUUAACAGUGACAAACCUCUGUACGAGUCCCAGUGGAAGCCGGCCCAGUGUAGGCAGGUUUUGGAGGCUGUCAAUCAGGUUCUCUACACAGAUAUGGGCUUCUCUGGUAACUCUGUCAACUAUUACAGCCCAGAAAACUCUUAUAUCAACAAGGUGCUUGAACGACGCAUUGGUAUCCCGAUCUCAUUGGCUAUUGUGUAUUCGGCUGUUGCUAGGCGACUCGGGGUGCUCUGCUCACCAGUUAAUUUUCCCUCCCACUUCCUGCUCAAGUGGAGGGAACAUCCCAUGCUUCCGGACCCCCAGCAAGAUACAUACAUUGACGUGUUCCGUGCAGGCAGAUUCCUGACACAGCAAGAGUGUGGGUCAGCCCUCCAGAUUACUCAGUCUGCACUCAAUGACCCCAAAGUCUAUUCAGCAAUAGAACCUCGUCUGGUUUACGAGAGAAUGGCAAGGAAUCUGGUGUACAUCGGUCGCCAGCAGGGACAGAUGGGGGACAGUAUGCUGUGCUUGAGAAACGCCCUGGAACUAUACCUGGUUAUCUCCCCUGAUGACCUUGAGAAGCGCCUCCUCCUAGCCAGGGUCAACCUUCACCUUAACAUCAACCUGCCUGACGUUGUGGAGAGUCUACAGAGGAUAGCUGACAUGGAUCAGGCUCAGAUGAGUCUGGUGACUUACAUGAUCUCCGCAGCCCAAGCACUCAUACACGAGGAGAAAUCAUCACAGAGUAAAGAGAUAAAAGCCAAAACUCGGGCCCCAAAUUCUGUUGUGGAUUUUUCUGUAGGAAUGAUAAUGAAACAUAAAAGGUAUCACUACAUGUGUUUGAUCUAUGGCUGGGACCCAGUGUGUAAGGCCAGUCCUGAGUGGAUCCUGCAGAUGGGAGUCAACAACUUACCUAAGAAAGACACCCAGCCCUUCUACAACGUCCUCGUGCAGGACGGCUCCAACAGAUAUGCUGCUCAAGAAAACCUUGAAUUUGCCGAGAACUCUCCUGAGAUUACCCACCCUGAAGUGGGAAAAUACUUCCAGGAAUACUGCAAAACAUAUUACAAGCCAAACACGGAGAAAAUGAUGCAAUACCCAGAGGACCUGGAGAUUACCCGCAGAAAGACGGCACAGUUUUACCAUGUGGAGAACUAAUAGAUCAGGUUUGGUUAGAAACAGAGCCCGUAAAAGCCUGACAUCAGUGAGAAUAAAAGAUCCCUGGGCAAUUAUUAGUUAAGACAGCCCAAGAUAGGGGUGCAUAUGUCAAGUGCAAUGGCAGUUGCUCUGGUACAGUUGCACUGGAACAGUUGUCACUUCCUAUUAACCUGGACAAUCACAGAUAAAACAAGGAAAGAAGAAAUGUGCUCGUCUUUUUUUAUAAUAUCUCUGUUGAUAAUAUUUUUGUAUCUAAAAAAUUCAUCUUGAUAUCACCUUUGAUGUUAAAACUCUUUUGAAGUUUCACUUCUCAAGUGCAAGCUGCGUAUUGGUACCCUGCAUUUCCAUGGCUGUGAGAUUGCAUUUGUGAGCCUUCGUCUGAUGCUAGCACAAUUGUGCGAUUGUUUAACGCACGUGUUAACGCAGAGCAAAUGAAAUGGAUUGAGGUAGGAUUUAUUCCUGAGGUAGAUUGAGAGAAUCAUAGAAUCCUACAGGUAAACACAGCUGUUGGCGCAUGGACCAUAGAAACACUGUAGCGAUUAAUUCAAAUGAUCGUACGAGCAAACACAAACACAGUCACAUGUCAGUGGAAACACAGCUUUAGACCAGUCAAUUUCAAGAUUAUCUUUUACGUGGAUUUUGAAAAUCAUCACUCCACCUCCUGCACUCAAAACAUAAUGUAAGGGUGUUCAGUCCCAUUUGUUCCAAGCAGCAGUAAAAGUGCUUGUGAUGAAAAUAAUACUGACAAAUACAUCAACCCAUGCUGUCUUUCUUCUUAUACAUCUUUAUUAAUUGUGUAUUUUCUAGAACGUUUUUUGAAAAAAAAAAAAAAGAAAACAAAGCUACCAAACUGGUUCAAAUGUAUCUGUUUGUCAAAACAUUAUGAUAAGGUUUGCUGGAAAUCAGUGUUUUUAGUGCAACAUGUAUUUGUUGAAACAUUGCAAUAUUUGUUUUGCCGUUUUUUUCUUUUUCUUGAGCACAGUCACUUUCCAGUGAACUUUGUAUUGAAGGUGAUUUCCUGCCAACUUUAUUCCAUAAAUAACCUCUGGACUAGAAUGUCACAGAACACUGAUUUAAACAGAAAACCUUCAGAAAAAUUUUUUCAUUAAGUACUAGCAUUUUACUACUGAAAUGUUUUCAUGAUGUUCAGGUC